GUUGCUAUGGACGCGCCUCCCGGCGCCGAAGCGUCACUUCCGGUGAGACGAUGGUGACGUCAGUCUGCGGCACGGGACGGCGCGGCAAGCGACACCGGCCAGAAGGGGAUGAACUGUAGGAGGGGAUGUUAUGUGAGUGUAUACCAAGUGUAAUCUGUGAAGUUGGAUGGGACCUUUAGCCCUUGGGGGAAUGAAGAGGUUAAGAGGGACAGCCAUUAGGGAAAUACGUUGUCACGUGGUGUUAUGAUAAUCCGGGAUCUCUCGCAGAGGAGGGCUGGCAGCUCACACUGAACAAGGCACAAUGGCUAAUGACAGAAAGAAGAAUGUCCUUGUCACAGGGUGCUCAUCGGGCAUCGGGCUAAAGAUUGCUGUCCAGCUGGCAAAGGACCCACUACAGCGUUAUCAUGUCAUUGCUACCAUGAGGGACUUGAAGAAGAGUGGGAAGCUGGAGGCGGAAGCCGGAGACUCGCUCAAUAAGACAUUGGUGAUCAGACAGCUUGAUGUGACCAGUGAGGACUCGGUGAAGAAAUGCUUGGAUGCAUUGCCUGACCAGAGAGUGGACGUUCUAGUGAACAACGCUGGGGUGGGGCAAAUUGGCCCUCUUGAAAGCUUUCCCAUUGAUGAUAUGAGGAAGAUCUUUGAGACAAACUUUUUUGGGGUUGUACGCUUGGUCAAAGAAGUCCUCCCUGCAAUGAAGAAGAGAGGAAGCGGACAUAUUGUGGUGAUAAGCAGCGUCAUGGGCCUACAAGGAAUUGUAUUUAAUGAUAUCUAUGCAGCAUCAAAGUUUGCAAUUGAAGGGUUUUGCGAAAGUCUGGCCGUUCAGCUAUUAAAGUUUAAUAUCUUUGUUUCAUUAAUAGAGCCAGGCCCCGUCAAUACAGAGUUUGAGAUGAAGCUGAUGGAAGAGGUGUCUCGCUCGGACUUUCCCGGAACUGAUGCCGAAACCAUACGAUGCUUUAAGGAAGUCUAUCUCCCUGCUGCACAUGAGAUCUUUGCCACUAUGGGGCAGACACCAGAUGCAGUAGCCAAGGCCACGGUGAAGGUGAUAGGAAUGGAGCAGCCAGCCUUACGCUAUCAGACCAACCCUCUCUACACUCCCCUCACAGCCAUGAAAUAUGCAGACAACAGCGGCAAUCUCUCUGUGAGGACCUACUACAAUCUUCUCUUCAACUACGGCUCCCUUUUCCAUUUUAGCCUCAACCUCUUAAGAUGCAUUACCUGCAACUGUUUCCGCAGGAGGGUCAUGCCUGUUUGACCCCCCGGAGCUUUAGGGCCAAUAUCCAUCCCUCUGCGUAUCUUGCUAACACUUGUCCAUACAUGCAGGCUAGAUUCCUAACACAGGAACAAUGCUGACUAAGCAAUAACAUAAUAGCCCAUGAUAGUGAUGUCAUUUCAUUAAGCUUAAAAAACAAACAAAAAAAAAAAACAGAAAAAGGAUAAUUCUGACCAUUGUGCAGGUAAGCGUUGCCUUGGAUUGAAUGGUUGUCAGAUUAGCAGAUUAGGUGGCUGCCAAACCUCGUUCAGUCAGUGUCAUAUUUGGGGCUAAAUGUAAGCGCCUGCGAGUUGCCGGAGGUGCCGGUGUUUGUGCAAGUGUGCCCAUUUUUAAAGCAGCAAUCAUUUACAAGGCAAAACCAAGUUUGAAAAUGAUUGGUACUUUAAAAAAAACAGUCAGACUCGCACAAAGGACCCUAUUCAGUAAGGACUGAAAUACUGCUUUUUAGCAGAGUUUGCAAUCCUUUUGAUCGCAUGCUGGGGGCCGCCCAUCGCAGGGCAAGGCUGCCCAACAUGCUACCCACCGCCGCGACCAUGUUGAAAUUGUGGUUGCACUGCAAUUUCAGUGUGAUCGCAGAUUUUGUAGAUGCCUAAUGCCAACGCAACCUGGCUGCGAUGGCAGGAGGGCCGCUGCCAUCUUUCUGAUCGGAGCAGGUGCGUGUGACGUUCUCCGCCUAGGAAACGGAGCGCUGCCCUCCCGUCCCACAGAGGCAGAGGCGUUUGCAUUUAUUGCAGGGCGCCCGCAUCAUCUUAGUAAUUUUUGCGGUUGGACGGCUAGUUGCGAUCCAACCUGAAUGAGGAACAGAGUCCCCUCCGGCAGCUCGCAGGUUAUUACAUUUAGGGGGUCAUUCCGAGUUGUUCGCUCGCAAGCUGCUUUUAGCAGCUUUGCACACGCUAAGCCGCCGCCUACUGGGAGUGAAUCUUAGCUUAUCAAAAUUGCGAACGAAAGAUUAGCAGAAUUGUGAAUAGACACUUCUUAGCAGUUUCUGAGUAGCUCCACACUUACUCGGCAUCUGCGAUCAGUUCAGUGCUUGUCGUUCCUGGUUUGACGUCACAAACACACCCAGCGUUCGCCCAGACACUCCUCCGUUUCUCCAGCCACUACCGCGUUUUUCCCAGAAACGGUAGCGUUUUUUCACACACUCCCAUAAAACGGCCAAUUUCCGCCCAGAAACACCCACUUCCUGUCAAUCACAUUCCGAUCACCAGAACGUAGAAAAAACCUCGUAAUGCCGUGAGUAAAAUACCUAACUGCAUAGCAAAUUUACUUGGCGCAGUCGCACUGCGGACAUUGCGCAUGCGCAUUAGCGACUAAUCGCUCCGUUGCGAGAAAAAAAUACAGAGCGAACAACUCGGAAUGACCCCCUUAGCCCAUAAUCUUUGAUGUAUAAGCUGGGCACACACUUUUACGAUCACUGCUGAUGGGGUUAAUGCUGCUGAUCAGCAGAGCAGUGUGUCCCCAGCGUGACCUGCCAUCAGCCUCCUGACUAUAGCUGUGUAACCAGAUUUAACAUUAGGGAAUUAGCAAUUGCUGGUGCUAGCUAUAAAUGAUGAGCUGCUGCCAAUCCCCGGCUUCUGGGUAUCAGACCACUGGCAUUACUAGUGUUUAUAAGUGUAUUAACACAAUGCACAAUUCUAAGUAUUCUAAUAUACUGAUUUUACAUUUCAGCAUUUUCUUACAGCCAACAGCUAUAUAUAUUCCGCAGACAACAGCAGUGACACCUGUAGGUGAUAUGGCGGUACUGCACUCUUGAAAAUAAUUGUUUUAUAUGUGGGCCUCACUUUUAGUAUAAUAUGCCUUGUAGUAACAACUGAAACAACCUUUUUCUCAUCUGGUUAAGACUGAUAUAAAGUAUAUUAUAAUGGUUCUGAUAUUUGCCCUAAUACACGGGUUCUAGAAAAACUCUCUAAGUACCUGACAGAAAAUGAAUAUAAAUUCUCAAGUGGAAGUGCAAUAUUACUGCUUUAAAGGGAAAUGAAUGUCUUAUUUCAUAACCUCUAUUUAUAGUAAUAGAGAUCAAAUCACUCACUACUUCCCUGCUGCCAUCCAAAGACUUGACCCUAAUGUGUGUGGGAUACCAUAAUAUGGACAUGGGGCUCAAUUCUCAAGGGGCAUGGCUGCUUCGAGAGGUGGUGGGGGCGUGGUCAUAAACCUAGAUUAAUUUAGGGUCAUGGCAGACCUGACUCUUAGACUGGUCCAGGCACUUAGUAGUAGUACCCACAGUGUCUUGGCACCAUUGGGUAGGGAAUUUAGAUUUAAAGGGCGGUAUUCAAUUCUUUUCACUCCCUUCCACACCCAUUCUAUUUCUGCUGACGGGUGUGGUAUAAUCAUUUCAGCUUGCUACCCUCGAGAUAGCGAGGGCUCCUAAACCUUUACGCAGCUAAACCUGAUUACUAUGGGCACGAUAUGCGCGAUAACAGGGAUCACUUUAGAAAGGUGAUUGAGCGUGAUAUAUAAUGUGAAUACCGCCCAUAUGCUCCAAUGGGACAGGGAUUGAGAUGUCAGUGAAUCAAUAUACUCUGUAAAGUGCUGGGCAUUGUGGUAGAACCACAGAAAUAAAUAAAUUAAUAAUAAUAAUAAUAAUAAUAAUAAUAACAACUUGUGAGCUAGAGCUCUUUGGUGUCAUGUGUCCAGACUUUUAAACCACCCUUACCCCUGCAAAACAUUUAUCAGAUAGUGCUGCAGAGAUAAUAAAUUUACAUUAUUUCUGAACUAUAAGACUACAGAAAAUAAUGACUAACAUUGUCUGCAGAACAUACUAAUCAUCGACUGGACAAUAUGCAUUUUUAUUUACCUUAUGGAAUGUAGAGCCAAAGGUUGGGGUCUUAAAAAGUUGGUUGCUAGAUAAGAAUAAAUAUAUACCCAAUAGAAUCCUAUCUCUGCAAUGUGUAAAAGUAAAGUGAUUGCUAAUGAUAUCACUUUACUUGCUUGUUUGGGAGGUGGUCGCACUACUCCGCAUGCAAGGUCAGCACUCCAAACAUGCGUAAGCAGCCACUGCCAGGGAGGAAUCCUAUGGAUCCCUCUCCUGGUAACUUUUGCUGUAAGCAGCCAUAGAUUACAAUGGUGUUAGCCAACCUAUGUGGGCUGUUACUGCUUUCGAAAUUACAGCAGGGCGGAUGCAGCUUACAGGAUAUAAGUGGUCAUUCUGAGUUGAUCGCUAGCUGCAUUAGUUCGCUGUGCAGCGAUGAGGCAAAAAAAAUGCACUUCUGCACAUGUGGCACACGCGCAACGUCCUAUUACAACGAACGAUGUUGUUUUACACAGGGUCUAGCGAUGCUUUUCAGUCGCACUGGCUGCCGCAGAGUGAUUGACAUGAAGUGGGCGUUUCUGGGUGUCAACUGACCGUUUUCAGGGAGUGUUCGGAAAAACUCAGGCGUGGCAGAAAAAAUGCAGGCGUGGCUGGGCGAACGCAGGGCGUGUUUGUGACAUCAAAUCAGGAACUUAAUGGUCUGAAGUGAUCACAAAUACUGAGUAAGUAUUGAGCCUCUCUGAAACUGCACGAAAAAACUUUGUAGCCGCUCUGCGAUCCUUUCGUUCGCACUUCUGCUAAGCUAAAAUACACUCCCAGUGGGAGGCGGCAUAGCGUUUGCACGGCUGCUAAAAACUGCUAGCGAGCGAUCAACUCGGAAUGACCACCAUUGACAGCCGGCAUCCCAUCCGCUGGGAAUAUGUAUGUAUUUCCUCCAGGAUACAUUCUAGGGAUAAUUUACAUUUGCAGAUAUUCCCUGAAGGUGUUUUUGGGGGUUAUCCUGCAAAUUUACUAAAAAUCCUAAUGAUACUCGGUGGACCCCUUCAUUCAAAGUAAAGCAUUCAUAUACAUCAAAUACCCAGAAAUAAUGACACGGAGACUUGAAUUUGGCAGAAAAAUUGCUAGCUAUUUAUUGUACCCUAACCAUAAGCAAACCUGUAAAUGAAAAUUUUGUUAACAUGCCGAAUCAGCCGGCAAUGGUGGCAGAAAAAAGAACGGCUCUAUUGAACUGACGCUAACCUUAAAAACGUUAAAAUUCAAAACUAUCCUAAUUUAAAUACAAACUAUAAAAUCGGUAAUAGGUGCCCAACUCAACCCCCACAAUGACUACCCACCCUGAUGGGUGCCUGCCGCUGCCCCCGGAAGGGUAGUCGAGCGGCCCUAAAAGUCGAUGGAGGUGAGUGCACCUAAACCACACCAAACUGUAAAUCACUACAGCUAACAAUACAAACUACAACCUGCCGUUCUUUUCCGCCAAUAAAUAGCCAACGAUAAAACCAGCCAACAAUUCAACGCCAAGGCACUCCGUGCCAGAACCUCUACCAACAGGGCGGGAGGGCGGGAAGGCAAUUCAGCAGCAAGAGAGAUCAAGCUGGCUUAGCAUUCCCUAUAUAUAUUACCCCUCCCCUUUUUCCAAAGGCUGUACUUUCCUCACAGCUAGGUCCACCCCUCACAGGAUGUUUAACUCUUUCCUUUCCUAUGCAGUCAAUUCUCUCUCCUUUUGUAAAUAGGCCCCCAUAAAGUUUAACUGCUAGAGAUAAGCAAAUCUACAAUUAGUGUUUCUUUAUCCAAAAUCCAGGGCCAGAUUAACAAUGGGGCGGAUGGAGCUACAGCUCCAGGCCUCCUCAUAAAAAUAGGCCCAUCAUCAUGACAACAUGAUGAUCACUAGCCAGUAGCUGACCACAUGGUCAGCCAUAAAUCAUAACUAUUAAGAUUCUAUUUCUAAUUUCUCACAAAAUUAUGCCAUUUUUUAUAUUUAUACAUAUUUAGGGAGACACUGGAGCUGACAGAGUAGGGGGUGUACACUCCCACAUGGCUCUGGCCACACCCACACAGCACUGAUCACACCUCCCCAUUUCUCACAAUAGGCCCUUGAAUAUUUUCAGUUCCAGGCCCAUGUAGCCCUUAAUCCGGCCCUGCCAAAAUCAAUUACACAUUUUUGCAACUGGUUCAAACAAAAAUAGAUAUUUGAAAUACAUUCUGCAAGCAAAAAAAUUUUAACUUGAUGAAAAUGUGUAUAAUAAAGUUUUAGUUAUAGAAUUCACCAUUUCACAACUAUAAUUUUUUUCAACUGAUUCAACAAAAUGUGGAAAAUUUCAAAUUGUAAUGAAUGUUUUUGCUUCACUAUACCCAUCCACGUGGCACUUUAAUGACACAAAAUAAACGUCAAUGGUGUAAUGUAUUAAAGAACAUAUUUUAUUAGUAAUAUUUUAAUAUUUAAAAUCUGACACUUUGUUAUAGUGUUCUUAUCUUUCUUACCGAUGUGUAUUUAUAAAUUAUUAAUGAACAAAUCACAUAUUAAUUAAUGUAUUACCUGCAUACUGUAGAAGGUUGGUGUCAUACCUGCAUUUUAGAAGCAGUAAUUCUGCUGCUAACAAAAGUUACAGAGCAUUUUUGGAAGUUUUUAAAUGCUGCUUUGGUACAUAAAUAGCUAUUCCCAGCUCAUCUAUGAAUGGAUAAAGUGUAACAUCCAUUUCAAUGGAUCUAGAUUUCAGCAGCUUUAUUAUCUGCUGUGAGGAUCAGACGCUUUGGAAGUAUCUAGUAAUGCACAGAACUUGUAGACUUUACUGACACAAAUAAAUUUUACUUACAAAAACACUGCUUCCAAAACACAGGUGUGACAGCAGAUUUAUAUAAUGCUUUCUUGUUAUUUAUUGCAUUCAAAUUUGUUAUGUAACAUAUUACUGAUGUAAUGGUAUUGGGACAAUAUUAAUGUUGUAUUUGCGAGUUUGACAAUAAAUGACAGCUAAGCCUAUUGGCACCUUUAGAAAUA